CGACAUUCUUCCCAAGCAUUCAACACGUCGUGGUCAGGCGCAAAUCUAAAGCAGGAUGAGCACACUUCAGCAAGUGCUUCAAGGCAAGAUCCUCAUCCUGACAGUCUGUGCAGCUGGGAUCGGAGGCACUUUCCAGUAUGGCUACAACCUCACCAUCAUCAACGCCCCCACCACAUUCAUCCAGACAUUUAUCAAUAAAACCUGGCUGGAUCGCACUGGAACUGCCCUGGAGAGAAAGAUGAUCACCCUGGUCUGGUCCUUCAUUGUCUCCGUGUAUCCUUUGGGGGGCCUGAUUGGAGCAAUAAUUGCUGGUCCCAUGGCUGUAAAGAUGGGCAGGAAGAAAUCUUUACUGCUGAACAACGUGUUUGUUGCCCUUGCUGCAUUGCUGGCGGGAUUCAGCCGGGUGGCAAAAUCCUUUGAAAUGAUCCUGCUGAGCAGAUUUUUUGCUGGAAUCAAUUCCGGAGUGGCCAUGAACAUCCAGCCUAUGUACUUGGGGGAAAGCGCGCCCAAGGAGCUCCGGGGAGCUGUGGCCUUGACUUCUGCAUCCUUCACAGCACUUGGCCUGGUGCUCGGCCAGGUGGCUGGACUCAGGGAAAUAUUGGGAGCAGAAGAGAGCUGGCCUGUUCUUCUAGCCAGCAACAUAGUGCCUGGGCUGGUCCAGUUGGUGCUUCUGCCGUGGGCUCCAGAAAGCCCCCGCUAUCUAUUGAUUGACCAAGGAGAUAAAGAGUUAUGCAUCUGUGCCUUGCAGCAACUGAGGGGCAACAGGGACCUGAGCAGCGAGAUGAAAGAAAUACUGGCGGAGCAGGCAGCCCUCCAGGGACAGGUGGCCAAGGCACCCUGGGAGCUCUUUGGGAACCCUGCAGUGAGGUGGCAGCUUAUCACCAUUGUGGUGCUCAGCAGCGCCAUGCAGCUCUGUGGCAAUGAUUCAAUGUACUUUUACGCUUCUUAUGUUUUCCAAGAGGCAGGGAUUCCAUAUGACAAGAUCCAGUACAGUGUUAUUGGCACCGGGAGUUGUGAGCUAAUCAUGUCCAUGACUUGUAACCUCCUCAUUGAGUACGUUGGACGACGGGUGCUGCUGAUAGGGGGCUACAGCCUGAUGGCUGUGUGGGCCAUCCUUUUCAUGGUAGCAUUAUCUCUACAGGAUCAACUCAGCUGGAUGCCUUAUCUCAGCAUGGCCAGCAUCUUUGCCUACAUCCUGAGCUUUGGCAUCGGACCAGCUGGUGUGACAGGAAUUAUACCCACGGAGAUUUUUGAUCAGGUCACCCGUCCAGCUGCUUACACGAUCAACGGUUCUCUACUCUGGAUCAACUUAUUUCUGGUGGGCCUGGCAUUUCCUUUUGUUGUGGAAAGCCUUGGGCAUUACUGCUAUCUCCCAUUCUUCACAGUCUGUGUUUGUACUGCUCUCUAUGCCUGUUUUUUCCUCCCUGAGACAAAAGGAAAGAGCUUCCUAGAAAUCUCAGAAGAGUUCAUUAAGCGUAACUUCAGAGCCCAGGGAUGUGAAAAUGCUUGGGUGAAUUCAGAAGAAAUUAAAUCCACCAUGCUGUAGCCUCAGAAGAGAGAGAACGGCUCACAAGGAAGACAUAACGAUGGCAUUCCUUUUCUCAUGCAGAUAACAUGGGAUUCCUCUUCUUCUUCACUAUGCUGUGUGUAAAAAUCCUUGCUUCCUCAUUCCUUUAUCAAACAUAGGUAUGAAAAGUGGCCUCCCAAGGCUCAGCUGAAGUGCCAGAGGUCAUCCACAAGUGUGACCAAUGUCAGUGCCAUCCUGAGGCACUAUGCAGCUACAGUCCCACCACCUUUUCAACAACCAUCCCAAGAAAAGAAAGGUUGGAGAUCAGUUGAUAAUUAUAAACAUGUACCCUCUAAAUAGUCAAACUAACAGAUAAUAAUUUAUUUACUUACUCUAAAGCAAUUUCACAGGGACCUAUAAAAAAUAAGCUGCAUAAUGAGUAAUCUUGGUGGAAAUCUAUUCCAAAGAACUGAAACUCAGCAAGAGAAAGUCACAGUAAAUUAAAUGAUCACAGCCCUUGGGUCAAGGGCAGAAGACAACCUAUGGAGCUUUAUGGUGCCACCAACUUCCAUAGGGAG